AUGGCGUCUGGUGUGACAGUGUCGGACGCGUGCAAAACAACCUACGAGGAGAUCAAAAAGGACAAAAAACACCGCUACGUAGUUUUCUACAUUCGUGAUGAGAAACAGAUCGAUGUAGAGACUGUUGGCGAGCGUAACGCCGAGUACGAUCAGUUCCUCGAGGAUUUGCAGAAAGGCGGCACUGGAGAGUGCAGAUAUGGUCUGUUCGACUUUGAAUACACGCACCAGUGUCAAGGCACGUCGGAGGCUAGCAAGAAACAGAAGUUGUUCCUCAUGUCGUGGUGCCCGGACACCGCUAAGGUCAAGAAGAAGAUGUUGUACUCUAGCUCCUUUGACGCCCUGAAGAAGUCGCUAGUCGGCGUACAGAAGUACAUACAAGCGACUGAUCUCUCUGAAUCCUCGCAAGAAGCUGUCGAGGAAAAACUACGCGCCACCGAUCGUCAA